GGAUUCGAGAUGAAUCGAUUCGAACCGAAAAGGUCAGCGAAGAAGGUCACAGGGAUACGCAUCUUUAACUUGAAGCCGCGCCUCACGCUCCCCUCACCCAAACCACCCUACCAUAUAUCAUCGAAACAUCGAUCGGCAGUGGACUGAUCGACGGCACAGAAAUUCGCAACCUCGCUAUGGCAACGAAGAUCGACAAGCUGGGAGAUGCCGGGCUCUCAACUGAGCUCUCCCGUGGCGAAGCCGGAACUUGUCAUCUUCCGAUGACAGGGAUCGAUUCGGAGAAAGACGGGCGAUCAGAGCACAUGAUAUGCGAUGGCAAUAUCGGUAUCAGUUCUUACCUUUCCGCCGUACUGGCGCCCGCCUCAAUGCAGUACCCUCUCUAUCUGCAGUCGUUUGCCACAGGAGUAUUGGACGCAACGACAUAUGCGGACUUUGGGACUUUCGCAAGUAAUCAGACUGGGAAUACGAUAUUGGUCACACUGGCGGCAUUCAACACGAUCCCAGUGACGCUUCAGUUAACCGGAGUCUCUUUGGCAAGCUUUGUGGUGUCCGCCUUUAUAGCAGGCAAUAUCGGACAUAGGGUCGGCCAUCGGACCCGCUGGUGGUUACUGCUAUCCAACUGUCUCCAGAACAUCAUCCUUUUAGGCUGUCUGAUCCCGAGCUUUUGGUUACGAGACUUCAUGAUCGGUCCUCAUCAAUGGGUCAUGAUGAUGUGCUUCGCAUGUUCCGCCGGUGUUCAGGUCGCAAUGGCACGACAUGUAGGAUGUCCCGAGAUACCGACUGCCAUGUUAUCAUCUCCUCUAGUCGAUUACAUAACGGAUCCACAUCUGUUUCGACGUUGGAGUGACCCGAGAGCUUCGGCGCGGAACCGGAGGACGAUCUAUGUGUUCUCGAUCAUAAGCGGUUCAUUUUUAGGAGCCGCUUUGCAUCGGCAUGCAGGGAAGGGUUGGGCCAUUGCCACAGCCAUACUUGUGAAGCUUUGUAUGACCGCGAUUAUCGCUGUGGCAAAGUCCCAAGCUAGUGCAGAUGAAUAACGGGAUUGUACAACGAACGAGGCA